AUGGCCAACACCUCUCGAGAAGGCACCAAGCCUCAAAUCAAUCGCCAAACGACGACACCUUUCCAUUUGAAGCUCUUCUAUCGUGUGAAUUCUUACCACCCCAUAUCCGACUACAGUAUCCCAGCUCCUUCGCGCCGCAGCGGCCCUGUCAGCGGUCCCAAUGCCAUUCGCGCGCCCUCUCCUCUGCCAGCUGCUGCACCUCUUCCUCCACACCUUGAGAUCUACACAUGGCAAUCAUGCACACUACGCGAACUCUCACAGCUUCUCACUUCUGCACUUCCUACAUUACUGCCCGACCCGCCCGUGGGUACCCGCCUCUGCUUCCGUCUGAUCUAUCCUGACGCGAAAAGCGCAGCGAUGAUUGGACCUGAUGCGCGUGGUCGAUACAUGAGCCGGGACUUGGGGAGUGUGAUUGUUGGACCGAGAGAUAGUCCAUACCGUGGGGAGGAAGAGGCCGAUGAUCGCGCGGAGGCACGCCCUCGCGCAGGACCUAUGCGCUUCCAGGGCUCCGAUGCAGACAAGGCCUUGCAAGAUGCCCGCUUUAUCAUUGGUGAUUACAUUGAAUGUGCUAUUUUACCGCCGCUGGAGGAUGGGUCAGUUGCGCCAGUUCUUCGUAGUACUCCCGGUCCGCCGCCGCCUGUGGGAGGUGGCAUGCGCGCAUUCCGAGACAAUGGAUAUGGAGGACGGGGCGGCCGAGGUGGUCCCCGGGGAGGUGAUCGUGGGCCUCCUGCUCUUCCUGCAGGCGACUGGAAACGAGGAGAAAGGCUACCAGAUGGAGGUCCUCGGGGUGGAGGUCCUCGGGGUGGAGGUCGUCGGAAUUGGGCGCCGUAUUGA